AGUCUACGUUGCGAUCUACCAGCGCGGCCGUUCACAUUGUGAUCAGCAGCAUCCAUUGUGCUUUGGAUAAACGCAAAGUGCGCGUAUGUUGAACCAAAGCCGUAGCUAGGAAACAGGACGUCAAGCGCAGUUGAAUAGGCUUGGUCGUCGGCGCGGUCAUGUCCAACACCCUCUGCCGUGCCCUAGAUUGAAAGAGAUACGAAAUCGUCGUGUCGGACGACGAUAAAUUCCACGUUGAUGCGAGGACCGAGUAUCUACGAAUCUAGUUCGUUUCUAGUCCAUUGAGGCGACCAAAGUGUUGCUUCAGGCGCACAAAUGAAAGGUUCGUGCGUGCAUCAGACCUGCGAUUCAGCUGUUAGGGCAAUACCGACGGAGCUUGGUUGCUUGGUUGGAAGAGACGCGCAAGAAUGUGUAGCUGCGGACGCCGUCAACGUGGAGUGCUGCAUCGGCUUCUAGGCAUAUCUUGUCUGGUCAGCUUCCUUUUAGAGCUUUGUGGCAGUGCGUUGUCGACGGAACUGACCUCCGCUCCUGGUUGGGAGAGGGGCUCUCCCAGGCUAGUAAAUCGAGUGCCUUUUGGUGAGCGUCUUGUCGUGAAGUGUGUGCCGACUCACAUACAAUACGUCACCUGCAGGCUGCGGCAUUUUGAACAGAACCGCUACAAGGAGUGCCAUAUCGAUAACCCGGCCACCAAAGGCUGGCCGGAGUUUACACGGCGGUAUAUCUUUGACGAGGUAUCACGCGAGGACCUGGGUACAUACCAGUGUAUUGGCGAGGCUAGCGACUGGUACAGCGCUGCUGCUGCAAACUUCACAAUCGAAGGAUAUGGCGAGGUUGCGGAAUCUGUAGAUUUCAGCAGCAGCAAUCGGUCAUUACUGUUCAAACCAGGUGAAGAUAACACCACCAUCGGCUACGUUGCACAAGCAAUGGGAGUCAGUGAAAAUGAUACAGUGGACAUAGCCUGCUCAGCUCAUGGAGCUGUCCCACGAGCUAGAAAGGUUGAACUUCUAUUGGUGAAUUCCAGUGGGAACGCAGUGGUCAUCAGUGUAAGCACAACUGCUCAAGUGUUGAGCUCUGUGAAGAUGUCGCAAGUAUCAGAUGGUCGGAUGUUUAUCUGCCGAGUUACCAACUUUCUCGGCACGGCAAACUUCACCCUGACCAUGCGGACAGGACGACAACCAGAGUUGCAGAUCUUGGGCACGCGCAACGAAUCACACUCGCAGGCUGCAGUCAACACUAUCAUCGAGGCUGAGACACUGGGAGAGCCGCGGGCCAGGUACAGGGUUUGCGUUCAUCGCGGCAACCGGAAGGACUGCACUCGCUACAUGAGGAAUCACGAUUCUCGGACCGUUUCUCUGCUGGGAAAGUCAAUUGACCUCUCUUGGAAUGAGUCUGCACUGCGUGGAUGCCCAGCCAGGUUGAGAUUGACUGUCCAUGGCAACGAGUCCUACUCCAACUCUAGCUAUAGAUAUCGGAUAGUGAUGGUGAAUCCCUGGGCUGCGCUCAAUGCCUCUCUGGAAAAGAAGCUGAUCAGGAAGUUCCCAAGCCCUGAGCCCCGCAGCAUGACAAGGCUGCCUUGUAAACCAAUCACCUCAUCUACUCCGAGUACUUUUGUUACACCCAACACGGCAUACACAGGCGUACCAUCCACAGGCAAGGCAUCGACUGCCGCUAACUCGAGCACGCCAGUCGUGAACAUCAGGGGAACAACAAAGGAGAUCGAACCAACACCGAGCAUACUAGCAGUGGUUGUCGUGUCUGUCAGUGAUCGAGUAAGCAUCGACGAUGAUGAACGGUCAGAGGCCACACCUCAGGCAGCUGUCAGUGUAGGCUUGGUCGUUGGCUUGAGUAUCACUAUAGCCGUUACCCUUAUGGCCUUCCUCACCCUCUUCAGCAUGCACAAAUCCAAGCAGAUGCAGAUGCGCAACAAAAAGCAGGACGCCGAGCAGAAGCUGCCAAGCGAUGACAGAGCUACCACGGAGAUGGAGACGGACUAUCCGCGAAUAUCACCGUCGGUCUCGUCCAGCGAUGGCUGUGAUUGCCACAUUACCAUUACCCCCCAUGGUCAGUCCUAUCUCAGCUGUCCCAGCUCACCAAACACACCCAAACAUGGCGCUCAGAAGGUGUCAGUGUCAGUAAGGAAGGAUCACCGUCAACUUGUCACUGUCGCUGAUGUGGGCGACUUUGCUGUGGACAUCAAUGAUGUUCGAAUAGCAGAGGAGAUUGGCAGAGGGGCGUUUGGUGUGGUGCACCGCGGAGUCGUAAACAACCUCGAGCAAGGCGAACUACGCACUGAGGUGGCACUGAAGUGGUCAAGAGAUGAAUCGCAGUUCUCUACGAACCUUGAGAUGUCCAUGGAGAUCACCGCCCUGAAGGAACUCGGCCGUAAACCGCAUCCCAACGUCAUGAGCAUGCUUGGCGUUGUCUUCACAGAAAGCACGCCAAUCAUCAUUCUGGAGUACGCAUCACGUGGCAAUCUCCUCAGUUUGCUGCGCAAGCGACGCGGCGCAUCGGAUCGAGUGAAGCAGCAGCUCAGGAGACUGGACAGCAUCACCAGUGAUGACGGCUACGGGAGCAGUGCUAAAGCAACGACUCACUCACAGAACUACCAUCGCUACACGUCCUUUAGCUCGCUGCCAAAAGCGGAAGAUCUGCUGCGGCCUGUGAACGUCUUUGGCUUUGGACGGCAGAUUGCCAGGGGAAUGGAGUUUCUAGCGUCACGCAAUUUCAUUCACCGUGACCUGGCAUCGCGCAACAUCCUCGUCACGACUGAUUACACGCUGAAGAUCUGCGACUUCGGUCACUCUCGGUCAGUGGGCGACACCGAGGGCAUCUACCAGCGCUCUCACAACAAGCACAUUCCAGUCAAGUGGCAUGCCAUAGAGGCACUGCAGAAUGGCUCGUACACUACAAGAAGCGACGUGUGGUCAUUCGGUGUUGUUCUGUGGGAGAUUGCCACACUGGGCUGUACGCCAUACCCGACGAUAGCAACCAAAGACUUGCUGGCUUCCAUAUCCGCUGGCCAUCGCAUGGAAGAGCCUGGCGAUUGUCCGCCAAAUUUAUAUUCGGUGAUGGAGACCUGCUGGCAGGUUGAACCGGAGAAGCGGCCUGGCUUCAGUGAGCUUGUGGACACACUUGACAAUGAGCUUCAGAAUGUGGCGAGAACAGCAAGGGGUGUGGAGUACCUGAGUCUGGAUCAAACUGCUCUACAGACAAGAGAGACUGAAGUCGAAGAGGAACAGGAAGAACACCCUAGAAAGCUCAGUCUGGCCGAUUUCUUGCCAGUGAGUUUGAACUUUGACGAGUCGUCGCAGUUCACAUCCUCUGCCGACGCAUCAGCCUAGGUAGAGAAUUUCUUGAUUGCAGCAGACCAAGCUCUGUAGCUUAGUUACUCUUGUUGUGAAUGUGCUGACUUUUGUGCAUCAACGACUAUUUUCUGUUAUAUCUCAAAAGCCGCAAGGCGAGUCCCUCGUUGAGCUAUUAUAUAUGGCAUAAUUCCGUUGAAACACCUCCAUGCCAAGUAUGGCAUGGCUUGAUUCAGACCGGCUGUCCUUCACCAAGAUAAUGGUGCCACAAUCCACUGGCCACAUAGAUAUAUCAAUUCUACCCAACACUGCUGCACUACUGUUGAGAUAUGCACUGCUAUCUUGAGAACAAAAUAUAUUAUUCAGAAAUCAAGCAUGUAUGUCAAUUUCUUUAUUCUUUUCUGAGGCUGAUUUCAAUUGAGACCAAGUUUGCAAGAUGAUUCUGUUCCUUGAGCCUUGCUCUCUGCACUA